AUGGAUCCACUUGUAGAGGCCAAAUCACAAUUGGCCCACUUGGUUGCCUUGAAGAAAGACUUUGCAAGAAUGGCAGCCGCACGAUGUGACGAGUUGUCAUCACACGUAGACAGUGAGGACGAUGAGGAAGGCUAUAACUCCGCACACUCAGAACUCGAUGCUCUCGCAUACCGCACCUCAAUGCGUUCAGGACCCUCGGAUCAGGACACCGCAAAGCCAGCCAAGCCAAAGGAAGAGAAGCUCGACCCAAAGUUAGUCGGCAUGUCUGUUGGUCACAAGAAGCUCUAUGCUGGCAAGGAAGAUCGCAGAGGUCGAUUUCAGUGGCAGGAGACGAUUCCACAGGAUCUUGUACCACCCGCUGAAAACGCCGAGACUCAGAAAUGGGCAUUCAUCGCCAGAUACAUCAAGGUUUACGGUGAUCCUCGUCGUACCCUGGCAUUGCACUCGAUUGUUAUUCAGUCACCGCUGCUCAANAAAGUGCUUGAGGACGUUCUAGCAGACUACCCGAACGUCACAGUGGGCUUGCAAAGACUAGAGUUCAGUGGAAAGUUUGAAUGCCUGAUUCAUCGCUUUCCUGAGCUUGACUCGACUAUUGAGAAACUCCAAGACUUACUCAAGCAUGAGGAUAACCCUGAGCGCGUAGAUUCGCCGACUAGUGAACCGGAUGAAUCCUCUGCCACCAACGGAGACUCCAACCAACACCAGAAGUCUGACGAUGCGCUAUCUAAUGGCAAUGCCUGUGUCGAAGACGAUGCAGCAACUACNCAAAAGGAGCAGAAUCAAGCAUCCAUCGCAUCUAUGAAAGCCAACACCGAGGACUCUGAAAACGACACUACUUCCGCACCGCAGGCCAGCGAAACAGAAUUGAGCUUGAAGCACACACAAAUCUUGCGUGAUCUCUUGUACGACGAGUUCCAGGUCCUGAUCGAGUCUUCACGCGACAUGAAAGCACAAGGAGUCAUGACAUAUGAGGCUCUCUGGACAAUCUUUGAGCCAGGCACUCUCAUCUACGCUCGUGAAGAAGGCCAAGACCGUGUCUUCAACAUGCUAUCAGGCAGAUAUGGCGUUGACAAGGACGACCAGCCGGUCUUUUGCCUCAAAAUCCGCUUCAUCGACUUCGACGGCACCAAAUUCGGCUGGACAGUGGCCAGGAUUAGCAUUCCCGAGUUCCAAGGCACUUGUCCUAUUGCCUCGCUUGCUGCAUAUCCUGUCGAGUAUCAUACUGACGAAGCCACCCUGCUCAAGACGCUGAUCAACAGAGGCUCGGUUAUUGAGUCGCUCGUCGGUACUCACUAUCGUGCUUACGAUGGGAUUGGCCAUAAAUUAGACGUCUACGGCCAGAAGGAGCGCCAUAGUGUCAAGGGCAGAAUCAUCGUCGACACCGUCGGCUGGAAUCGCUACAUGCCUAAUCAGGCCAUCUAUACUUCAGCCCUAAGCAGCAAAGGCACAGACAGAAUAAGCCACACUUCUCGUACCUUGUUCCUACCGACACUUGGAGAGUCGCUUGAGGAAGGCUAUGGUGGUGGUAUGCCUCUCGAUGGUCACUUUGGAGAGGGAGAUGAUCUCAAGAAGCUUCCAACUCUGACCGACGAGCAGAAGAUUCUCUGUACUCAUCUGAUCCGUGGUUACGCCUUGAAGNNGGAGAAGAUGUGGCUCAACCUCUUUGUUGGUUCUGUGCAAGACGUCUCUUUCAACGAGGAAGCCUUCGACUCGCUAGUCUUGCCUGAAGACACAAAGGAACUCAUCCUUGGCUUUACCUGCACACAACAAGCGACCCGAAUUGCUUACGACGACGUUAUCCAGGGGAAGGGUCGUGGUAUAAUUCUGCUACUAUGCGGACCUCCUGGAGUUGGCAAGACACUCACGGCUGAAAGUGUGGCCGAGCAUAUGCAGGUUCCCCUCUUUGUGAUGUCUGCUGGAGACUUGGGUAUGGAUUCAAAGCACAUCGAGGCGCGUCUGCUUUCUGUCCUCGGCAUGUGCACUCGCUGGAAUGCCAUCCUCCUCUUGGACGAGGCCGAUAUAUUCUUAGAGGAGCGCAGUCGCCAUGAGGUCGAGCGCAACAAGCUGGUCAGCAUCUUCUUGCGCGUGCUUGAAUAUCACGAGGGCAUCAUGUUCUUGACCACCAACCGCGUCUCGACCUUUGAUCCAGCCUUCCAAUCACGCAUCCACAUCAGCAUCGAUUAUCCCGAGUUGUCGCCCGAAAGCCGUCGCAAGAUCUGGGAGAACUUCCUCAACCGCCACAACGAUGCCCAAGCUGCUGCCCGUCUCACACUGCCCAAGAAUCCUACCUCAUCGAUCAAAUCCGCGUCUGAAACCAUUGAUGAACAGAACGAAGAGGCCGCAAAGGCCAAGCACGAAGCUCUUAUUCAUGUCUCUUUAGUUGCUCCACUAACAUGUCUUAUAGUUGUUAUAGUACUUUUAUAA